CAGCAGCCAUCCUGCUAUAUAGACCGGCUGUGCAGCCGCAGGCCCCAUCACACUGAACUUGCAUCAUCCGUGUCAACCAGCCAUGGGGAAGAUCACCUUCUAUGAGGACAGGGCCUUCCAGGGCCGCAGCUACGAAGCCACCACUGACUGCCCCAACCUGCAGACGUAUUUCAGCCGCUGCAACUCCAUCCGGGUGGAGAGCGGCUGCUGGAUGCUCUACGAGCGUCCCAACUACCAAGGUCAACAAUACUUGCUGCGGCGAGGGGAGUACCCCGACUACCAGCAAUGGAUGGGCCUCAGCGACUCCAUCCGCUCCUGCUGUCUCAUCCCUCAAACAGGCUCCCACAGGCUGCGGCUGUACGAGAGAGAAGACCACAAAGGCCUCAUGAUGGAGCUGAGUGAGGACUGCCCCAGCAUCCAGGACCGCUUCCACCUCAGCGAGAUCCGUUCCCUCCACGUGCUGGAGGGCUACUGGGUCCUCUACGAGCUGCCCAACUACCGGGGGCGGCAAUACCUGCUGAGGCCCCAAGAGUACAGGCGGUGCCAGGACUGGGGGGCCAUGGAUGCUAAGGCAGGCUCUUUGCGGAGAGUGGUGGAUUUGUAUUAAAAUAGCUUAACACUACCAAUUUCUCAUUUUGGAACCUAAUAAAUAUUUAGUCUGCAUUGUUGGCAA